ACAACAUGCAGCUGGCGAAACAAAGUUGAAAUGCACAGCCUUAUAAAUACAUAGAAACCACAAAUCAAUUACCACAGCACUUAAAUAUAGAUCACUUCCAUCAAUCAAUCUUCAUGGCCUCGAAAUUGUUUUCGACCGUAAUUUUAUGUGUAUUAGUUAGUUUGGUUUCGGGAAGUGAUCCAGAUAUCAUUACGGACUUCAUAAUCCCAGCAAAUUCUUCAGCUCCAGCAAUCGAUGGAAAUUUCUUCACGUUCACAGGACUACGCAGCGUAGUUACUGGCGACGAGCCAUCAACCUUUACGGUGACAAAAGCUAGCAUGGCAGAGUUUCCGGCUCUAAAUGGGCAGAGCGUAUCUAUAGCAGUUCUUGAAUUCCCUGCAGGGGCAGUCAACCCACCCCACACUCACCCUCGCUCCGCCGAGCUUUUGUUGGUGGUAGACGGGAGCCUUCAAGUUGGUUUCAUCGACACAACAAACAAACUUUAUACGCAAACACUUCAACUGGGUGACAUAUUUGUGUUUCCAAAGGGUUUGGUGCAUUUUCAGUCGAAUUCUGAUCCGAAGCAACCUGCUACGGCUGUCUCCGCCUUUGGUAGCGCAAAUGCUGGCACUGUUUCGGUUCCUUUAACUGUUUUUGGUACCGGCAUUGAUGAUAACAUCCUCGCAACCGCUUUCAAAACUGAUGUUGCUACCAUCCAGAAGAUCAAGGCAGGUCUUGCACCAAAGGCUUGAAGUUUCAAUUCUACUUUCAAUAAAAUUGAUGGCUUUCUGCUAUCAUUCCAAUUAUUUUUCUCUUAACUCUUG